UUGAAGGUGUACGAUGACUAUGGUGGGUCCGAAAGACUUUCCAACUUAGCUUAACAGUCUGCCUUGUAGUGAUGCCUUUAAAACGUUUCAGAAUAAAAUGUUAUUUAAGGAUUCAAUCUACAUGAAAGUUUGAACAUUAUAUACGGUAUAUACAGGACUAUUUUUUACAGGAUGAAGAUAAUAUAAUAUAUACCGGACUAUUUUUUUGAGGAUGAACAUAAUAUGGUAUAUGCCAGACUAUUUCUUUAGAGGAUGAACACAAUAUAAUAUAUAUCGGUAAUUAAAAAGUUUGAGUAAAUCCAGAGAAGGUUAAAUAUAUUUUUUGUUGAUUUAUAUUGUUUCUGAAAUAAAUAUGUCAUUUUUUUUAUUUUACAGGCUGUUUGUUGUCAUUCUUCAAACAAGUUAAACACAUUCUCAUUCCGUAUAGAUCAAUGUGAAUGUUUUGUGCUGGAAGAAGGACUGCAAGUGGAGGCUGACCUACACAAUCAUCUUCGAGACUGCGAGAAAAACCCAGGUCAUGAACAGUUUAUAUCUAUACAAACCUUUCGGCUUGGACACAUUCCUGAACCUUAUAGAGACAAUGACAUGUAUCAGUGGAUGAAAUCUUGUGCCGAACUAACUGUUCGUGUAGAUGUACAGGGUACCAGCCCUAACAGACCUAAGUCUUACAUGAUGGAGACUCAUUAUGGUCGAAUCAUAUAUUCUUAUCCUUUUUACAACCAGAGGGAACUUAAAAAUAAAAGAUAUGGAAGCGGAGCGUUAUCGCUUACUAAAUACAUUGAAGGAUUUGAGUAUGAUUCAAUUACAGAUUCAGUUUUGGUACAACCUAAACCAAUAUGCAAUACUUGUCCAUGUGAAAAAUGUCAGCACUCAGAUAACCCCAGUAGGACAUGGUGGCGUAUAUAUGUGUUGACAGGCGCACAUGUUGUAUUUGACGAUGUCGAGGCUAGCAACACAACCUGCAGAUUGUUCUACGAUGAACCAUCAAGUCCACUGGUCACUCUCGGUAAAAUGGAAACACAUUUUUUCAACAUUGUGAGAGACGAAUGCCAGCUGUGCUAUGUGACAUGUGAACCCAUUGGUGACACGUUGUUUCAACUGAUAGAAAAAAGGUUCAGACUUUGGUUGAUUGUUAAAAACAAGUUUCAAAAGCCAAAAGAAGAAACGUUUAACUUCAUUGUGUCUCAUCCACACGGUUGUUCCAAGCAGAUCACUUUUGGCCAUUGGAUUCAGAAAAGCAUGUUUGUAAUGGAAGACAGUGAAGCCACCGACGAUAUGGAGUACACAGCCUUCAACUAUACUACAGCUACAUGUCCUGGGAGUAGUGGAGCCAGAGUGUACACUAUAGCACGUGGAAUUAAUCUCCACUGUGGAGCCAUAAAGAAUGGAGCUAAUUUCAGUGGAAUCGGCCCAUAUGAAAAAUAAAAUCGAUUAUCAUGAUCUUAGUAGAAAACAAGAAAUGUUUUUUCAUACAUGGCGGAAAAACUUAAAAUUGUUUGUUUUUUUGUGUGUGCAUCUGAUGUACAAAACAAAUGCAGUCUAGAUAAGCCAUGUUUUUGUGUGUGCAUCUGAUGUACAAAACAAAUGCAGUCUAGAUAAGCCAUGUUUUUGUGUGUGCAUCUGAUGUACAAAACAAAUGCAGUCUAGAUAAGCCAUGUUUUUGUGUGUGCAUCUGAUGUACAAAACAAAUGCAGUCUAGAUAAGCCAUGUUUUUGGUGUGUGCACCUGAUGUACAAAACAAAUGCAGUCUAGAUAAGCCAUGUUUUUGUGUGUGCAUCUGAUGUACAAAACAAAUGCAGUCUAGAUAAGCCAUGUUUUUGUGUGUGCAUCUGAUGUACAAAGCAAAUGCAGUCUAGAUAAGCCAUGUUUUUGUGUGUGCAUCUGAUGUACAAAACAAAUGCAGUCUAGAUAAGCCAUGUUUUUGUGUGUGCAUCUGAUGUACAAAACAAAUGCAGUCUAGAUAAGCCAUGUUUUUGUGUGUGCACCUGAUGUACAAAACAAAUGCAGUCUAGAUAAGCCAUGUUUUUGUGUGUGCACCUGAUGUACAAAACAAAUGCAGUCUAGAUAAGCCAUGUUUUUGUGUGUGCACCUGAUGUACAAAACAAAUGCAGUCUAGAUAAGCCAUG